ACAAAACUGCACGAAAUACAAAAUACAAGCAAAAUACGAUUUUAUUUUUUCGAAAUCUCAUGAGUCUACAUGAUUAUUCCGUAAAUACAAUAUUAUAAUUAAAAAAGCAGAGAUGAAUACUUUAAAAGUACUAUUCAGGAACAGAAACACAAGUAUUUCUUUAAUAAGCCGCACCGCAACAACCAAAAAAAAGAUACACGAUCCUAAGGAGGAGGAGCAAUUACCAAUAUUUCAGUACCCAGUGAGUAAAAGCUCAGGUAGAAGGGUGUAUGUAUGGGGUCUGGCUGAGACAGGAGCUCUUGGAAUUCACUUGCCGCGUGGAAAGCAUAGAUCCAAGAAAUCGUAUAAAAAUGAUUUCAAACUGGUUUGGCAUCCAAUGAGAUCUACUUUUUGUGAGAGAUUUGAUGUCACACAAAUAGCCUGCGGAUACGGUUUUACAGUAGCGGCAGUGAAAACAAAUGAGCAGCAUAAAGUAUUUGGUACUGGUAUCAAUACAGACUCACAGAUUGGAUACCAUGCACCAAAAAUGGGACAUCCUCUGGAAAUGCUGCUCAGUCCUGCACCAAUUUACAUCCCUUAUAAGUCAUUGGAAAGUAAGGUAAUCAGCUUAGCUGCUGGUCGUGCCCAUACACUAGUUUUAACAGACAACGAAGGAGUUUACACUCUCGGCAAUAACGCAUAUGGUCAGUGUGGAAGGAAGAUUAAUCCCGCAGAGGAGUACCGUGGAAGCAUGCAUUCGCACCAUAUUAAGAGGCUUGGAGGCGAUAAUAUUGUGGAUGUGGUCGCCGGACAAGAUCACAGCCUUUUCCUAACAGAAUCUGGUAAAGUAUACUCUUGCGGGUGGGGGGCAGACGGUCAGACCGGGCUCGGGAAGUUCGAAGCUCAAGGACCACCAGCGCCCGUGUGUGGAGAUAUUACCAGUGAGAAGGUGGUCAAGAUUGCGUCCACUGCCGACUGUGUGCUUGCGCUGAAUGACAAAGGCGAACUUUUCGGCUGGGGUAAUUCAGAAUAUGGUCAAAUACCAAUGUCUACGGAUCAACAGCAAGUGAACACGUCCUAUGCUUUAGUGCAAUUCACAAGAGGGUUAGGGAAAAUAGUAGAUAUCGCCGCGGGUGGAUCAUUCUGCCUUAUUUGUAAUGAUCAAGGUGACGUAUUUGUCUGGGGUUUCGGUUUACUGGGUCUUGGACCAAACGUGCACCACACACCCAAACCGACACAGAUACCAGCACCACUAUUUGGCAGGAACGAAUUCAACCCAGAAAGCGUGGUGGUGAAAGUUGCUUGUGGUAUCGGACAUUUAGCAGCAAUUACUAACAAUGGAGAUUUGUAUACAUGGGGUAGAAAUAGGCACGGUUGUUUAGGUUUGGGGCAUGUAAAAGAUCAACACUUUCCGUUAAAAGUUGGUAUCGGUGCUCAUGUGCUGUCUGUGAAGUGUAGUGUCGAUCAUACUGUAGCAAUGUGUCGGCCGUUUGCUUAGUGAUUACUGAUUAGUAUUUAAAUUAUUAGAAUUUUAGAAGGAAUGAUGUAUAAUUUGUAUUUAUACAUAUAAUGAACUAGCUGCGCUCCGCGGUUUUACCCGUAGUGCUCCGCUCCUGUUGGUCUUAGCAAGAUUCUUAGCUUUCUUCAAUGAAUGGGCUAUUUAACACCAAAAUAAUUUUUCAAAUCUGACCAGUAGUUUCCAAGAUUGGCGAGUUCAAACAAACAAACUCUUCAGCUUUAUAAUAUUAGUAUAGUAUAGAUAAGUUUUGUUGUAAUUGAAGUCAGUUGUGGUUUAGUGUGAUUUAAUAUUACACAGUUGUAGGACUUACA